AUGUUUGGUUAUAAACCACAUAAGGUCAAAGAUGAGAUGAGAAUCUUCAAUGCAUGGUGUACUCAUACCAUAAAAGAAAAUGAGAAUAAGAGAAAAGGUGCUUUAACUUUGAUAAAACGUGAAGCACAGCAAAAGAAGACAACAAACAUUGCAAACUAUGUUGAAAAGUAUUGCAAACAUGAUACGGCAUAUAAUGCAGUUCGUUAUAUCGAAGCAGCUUCUAAAUAUGUUUAUGAAAAUGCAGAUGCCCUCAAAAAAGAAAAACCAGACGCCGAAGGACAAAGAUAUAUUGAUUUCCUUCAUGCUGUUAAGCAUAAAUUGAAUUCAAAGGCUUUAAUUGAUUCACUUGAUUAUUUAGACCACGUAGCACCAAAAUCAGGCCACCAACCUAUUAUCCCAGAGGAGGUUACACGAUUCCUCAAUGAUGCAACACCUUCUGCUGCUACAAAAGUCGAAACUUUAUCUCAAAUCGGCUCAAUGCUUAAUCUGUCCAACGAAUUUGUUGGUAGAGUAAUGAAAGAAUCGCCAUCCCUACAAAUGGGCCUCAGCCAAGCAACUCCAGCUCCUUCUCAGCCAAAUCCACAAUUUUAUCCUCAGCAACAGCCUGGAAUGAUGCCUCCAGGCAUGAUGUACCAAGGCGGAUACCAACAGCCAGGUAUGAUGCCUCCACAACAAGGACAAAUGUACCCUCCUAAUCAAAUGAACGGACAACAGCCACAAAUGUGGGGUCCACCACCACAGCAGGGCCAGCAACAACCUUUCAUGCCGGGUCAACAGCCAGGAAUGAUGUAUCCACCACAAAAUCCAAUUUACGCUCCUCCUCCACAGCAAAUGAACUCUUCACAAGGAUUACCACAGGAUUCCGGAUCUAUUCCACCUGCUAACAUUAACGCAACUAAUCCUUACCAAAAUCUUUAA